UUCCCCCCUCCCCGAACCCGGCUCCAAUUCCGCGGCCGGAGGUGCCGAAAACCGGCUCCGACCGGAUCGGAUUUUUUUUUCCUUUUUUUUUUAUUCCCUUUUUUUUCCCCUUCUCUUUUUCCCUUUCCCGCGAGGGCUGAUGGGAAGCAGUCCGUCAGCAUCCCCCUUUUCUUUUGUUUAAUAUCUCCAACGGCGCAUGAUUGGCAGGGAAGGGCCCGCUCGGAGCCGCUCCGGCUCCGGCUCUGGCCACGCUCCGCAGGGGGAUGGAUCCCCCUCCUUCCCGACCCCUGGCUCCUCCUGCCCCUUCCCGCUGCUCUCCCCCCACUCCCAGCCUUAAUUUUCCUGCCAACUGGAACCAGCAGCGGGAAUCUUGGACCUGAUGGAGCGGAUGACGGAGGACGCGCUGCGGCUGAACCUGCUCAAGCGGGGCCUGGAGACGGGGCCGGAGGAGCGCGAGGAUGUCCUGGCCAAGCGGCUGAAGAUGGAGGGCCACGAGGCCAUGGAGCGGCUCAAGAUGCUCGCCCUGCUCAAGAGGAAGGACCUGGCAGGGCUGGAGGUGCCCCACGAGCUCCCAGGAAAGCCCGAUGGGAUCAAGGGCUAUGAGGAGAAGCUCAACGGGAGCCUGAGGCCCCACGGGGACGGGAGGGGCUCGGCCCGGCCCGGCAAGGAGAACAUCAACGACGAGCCCGUGGACAUGAGCGCCAGGAGGAGUGACCCGGAGCGGGGCCGCCUGACGCCAUCCCCAGACAUCAUCGUGCUGUCGGACAACGAGGCCUCCAGCCCCCGCUCCAGCUCCCGCAUGGAGGAGCGGCUCAAGGCCGCCAACCUGGAGAUGUUCAAGGGGAAGAGCCUGGAGGAGCGGCAGCAGCUGAUCAAGCAGCUCCGGGAUGAGCUACGGCUGGAGGAGGCCCGACUGGUGCUCCUGAAGAAGCUGCGACAGAGCCAACUCCAGAAGGAGAACGUGGUCCAAAAGACCCCUGUUGUCCAGAACGCCGCCUCCAUCGUGCAGCCGUCGCCGGCCCACGUGGGGCAGCAGGGCCUGUCCAAGAUCCCAGCCCGGCCCGGAGCCCAGGGUGUGGAGCCACAGAACUUACGGACACUGCAGGGGCACUCGGUGAUCCGCUCGGCCGCCAGCUCGGCGCUGCCCCACAUGUUGAUGUCCCAGCGCGUCAUCGCCCCCAACCCAGCGCAGCUCCAGGGGCAGCGGCUGCCACAGAAACCCGGCCUGGUGCGGAGCAACACCCCCAGCAUGACCCCCACUAUCAACUACCAGCCGCAGUCCGGCUCGUCGGUGCCGUGCCAGCGCUCCUCGUCCUCUGCCAUCUACAUGAACCUCGCAUCCCACCUCCCAUCGGGCUCCGUGGCCCGCGUGUCGUCGCCGCUGCCGAGCCCCAGCGCUCUGUCCGACGCCGCCAAUUCCCAGGCGGCCGCCAAGCUCGCACUCCGGAAGCAGCUGGAAAAGACACUCCUGGAGAUCCCGCCGCCCAAGCCGCCGGCGCCGCUGCUGCACUUCCUGCCCAGCGCCGCCAACUCCGAGUUCAUCUACAUGGUGGGGCUGGAGGAGGUGGUGCAGAGCGUCAUCGACAGCCAGGGGAAGAGCUGCCCGGUGUCCCUGCGUGUGGAGCCCUUCGUGUGUGGGCAGUGCCGCACGGAUUUCACGCCGCACUGGAAGCAGGAGAAGGGCGGGCGCAUCCUGUGCGAGCAGUGCCAGACGUCCAACCAGAAGAAGGCCCUGAAGGCCGAGCACACGAACCGCCUCAAGAACGCCUUCGUCAAGGCCCUGCAGCAGGAGCAGGAGAUCGAGCAGCGGCUCCAGCAGCAGGCGGCCCUGUCCCCCACGGCCGCUCCUGCCGUUCCCAGCGUUGGGAAACAGGACGGGAUCCUGCGGCACCACACGCUCCGGCAGGCCCCGCAGCCCCAGAGCAGCCUCCAGCGCGGAAUUCCCACCUCCGCCCGCUCCAUGCUCUCCAACUUCGCCCAGGCCCCGCAGCUCUCCGUGGCCGGGGGACUCCUCGGGAUGCCAGGGGUGAACAUCGCCUACCUGAACGCCGGGAUCGGCGGCCACAAAGCGUCGAGCCUGGCAGACCGGCAGCGGGAAUACCUGCUGGAUAUGAUCCCGCCCCGCUCCAUAUCCCAGGCCAUCAGCGGACAGAAAUAGCGCCCGCUGCCCCCACCCGCCUGCAGUGCCUGCACUGGGCCAACUGGGCCGGACUGGGCCAGACCGGGCCGGACUGGGGCCUCCGCUCCGGGGAAACGCAACGAGAAACCGGAAAAAAUCCCACCUGGGAAAACAGACAGACAGACAAACCGACCCCACCCCCACUUCAGACAGCGCCCGCUCCUUCUCCCAGCCCCAGUUCCCUUGGUUUUCCAGCAGGGAUCGCUCCCUGGGCGUGAGGCUGGGGCGGCUCCGGCCGCUCGCCACUGGUUUUGUAUUGCCGACGCUUUUUCCUUGUGUUGUGGAUUGUUUUUUUGCCCUUUUUUCCUUAUCCCCCCCCCAUUUUCCUUCGCUCCCUGGAUGGUUAAAGCUUUUUUACUCCUUUUCCAGAAGAGACUUUGGCAGGGCACCUUCCCAGAAUUCCAGGCCCCAUGGGGGGGAAUUUAAGGGCAGCCUGUGCUGAUUCCGGGGGGAGUUGGGGUCCCAAACCCCCUUUGGCUCCAAUCCCAGGGGUCCCAAACCCCCUUUGGCUCCAAUCCCAGGAGUCCCAAACCCCCUCAGCUCCAAUCCCAGGGUGUCACAGCACCCCCAGCUCCGAUUCCGGGGUGUCACAUCCCCCUUGGCUCCAACCCUGGGAGCCAUAAAUUCCUUUGGCUCCCAUCCCAAGGGUCCCAGACCCCCUCAACUCUGACCCCGGGGUGUCCUAACCCCCAAGGCUCCGCAGAAGGAUCCACGAGACGCCGAUCCCGACCCCUUUGGAUCCAAUCCCGGGGUGUUACAACCCCCUUGGCUCUGCAGGAUCCAGGAGACGCCAAUCCUGACCCCUUGGAUCCCAUCCCAGGGAUCACAAACCCCCUGGGCUCUGCAGAAGGAUCCAGGAGACGCUGAUCCCGACCCCUCAGAUCCCAUCCCAGGGCACCACAACCCUGUUGGCUCCGCAGAAGGAUCCAGGAGAUGCUGAUCCCGACCCCUCGGCUCCGAUCCCAGGGAUCACAAACCCCCUCGGCUCCAAUCCCGGUGUGUCCCAACCCCCUGGGCUCCAGAAGGAUCCAGGAGACGCCGAUCCCAACCCCAUGGAUCCCAUCCCGACCCUUUGGAUCCCAUCCCAACCCUGGGGCUCCCUCAUCCGGAGCCUGCUGGGUGUCCCUGGACGUCCCUGGGACCAACGGACGGAGCUGGACCCACCCCCGGGGUUCCCUCCCUGUGACACAAAGGGACCCCUUGAGGUGCCACCCCGUGGUGUCCCUGUCUCUGUCACCCUCUGGGGCAGGUGGUGAAGCCAAGCUGGGUGGCCUCAGGCCUGGUGAGUCCCUCUGUCCCCAAUCCCAUCUCCAAUCCCAUCCCAAUCCCUGCAUGUCCUGGAGCCACUUGCCCAUGUCACCUGUGUCCCCUGGGAAUGGUGACAGGUGACACCAGCAUCCCCUGUGUCACCUGGGGGGGUCCCUGAAUGGCACCAGGGUCUCUGGGGUCCCCUGUGUCACUGGUGUCCCCUGGGGGUGGCACUGGGGGGUCUCUGGUGUCCCCAGGAGGUGUCAGGGACACCCCAAACCAAGGAAUGAGCCGUGAGAAAACGCUCGAUUUGCACUUAAACCUUCACGGGCCCUUUCCCACCUUCUUCAUCCUCCUCAUCCCCGAUUUCCUCAUCCUCCCCCUCACCUUCUUCAUCCUCCUCCUCACCUUCUUCACCCUCCUCCUCAGCUUCCUCCCCCUCACCUUCCUCCUCUUCUUCCUCCUCUUUUCCUCCUCUUCCUCCUCACCCUCCCCCCCCAUUCCCAACACUUUUCUUCCCAGUUUUUUAAGGUUCAAUGAGAUUUUUAAGGAAUUCCCAUUUUUUCCCUGAAUUUUUGACCCUUUCCUCAACAUUCCCAACUCUCUCGUGCAAUUCCCAAACUCUGCCCCCCUGAAAUGGGGGCAGGGGAGAGACCCCCACCCACCCUCUAAAGCAAUUGGGGGGACCCCCAAGCAACCCCUGAGUUGGGGGAGGGGGGAUCCCACCCCUAAUUUAGAGAGAGGGGACCCCCCCCACCCACUCCCUAAACAUGGGGGGACCCCACCCCACCCCUGCACUGGGGGUGACCCCUCUCUACCCCCCCCAAAAUUCAAAGAGCACUUACUGCGAGGGGGGGUGUCAGACCCCUCCCAAAAAGAGGCAAAAGAACAGUGGGGGUUUUACAAUUUUAAUUAUUUUUUUUUAAUUUAGCGGGGUUUUAUGUCAAAUUUAUAAUUUUGGGGGUGCUUUUGUUGGUUUGACCUUUUUCAGCUGCCUCCACCCCCUUUCCACUCCCAAAACCCCCCUUCCUUCCCCCCCGAAAUUCCCUUUUUCCCUCCAAAAUCCCCUUUUCUUACCCCAAAAUCCCCUUUUCCCCUUUCCCCUCCAAAAAUCCCCUUUUCUCACCCCAGGAGCACUUUGACAAAUGUUUUUUUGGGGGCUAAAACCUGAAGUUUUGGGUUAUUUUAGGGGUUUAUUUUGCUUUGGGGGAGUUAUUUCCCCCCACACACCAUGGGGACCCCCCUCUGCCCCCCCCCAAGUGCCACUGACCCCGUCCCCGGGUGUCCCCGACAGGGCUGAGUUUUAAGUGAUAAAAUUGAUUCAAAACCUGUCAAAAUGGGCGGGGUUAACCCAGAAAAAAAGAGACAAAACCCGGAAAAAAGAGAAAACCAAGUGCAAUAAUGGGGGGCCCGGGGGGGGCCCGGGGGGGUUUGAGGUGCCGAAUUCAUGGUGCUAUAAAGUGAAAUUCGGGGGGGGGACACCCCUGUCACCCCUCCCUGGGGGGUCUCAGCCCCGGGGGCUGCAGGCAGUUCCCCCCCCCAAAAAUGAUCCUUUCCCUCCUCCCCCCAAAUGAUCCUCCCCCCCAAAUGAUCCUCCCACACCCCAAAACUGACCCAAACCCCUUCCUGGGGGGGUUGAUGACAAUGCCCCACCUUCCUUCCCCAAAUUGACCCCACCCCAAUCACAAACUGACCCCCCCCCCCCCUUCCUGGGAUCCCAGGCAAUUCCCUCUCCGCCAAAAGUGACCCCAGGCCACACACCCCUCCCCUCAAAAUUCCCCCCAACCCCAUUCCCAAAAUCCCAAGGGGGGAUUGGAUCCAUCCCUUCCCCCUCCCCGAUUUCCCAGCACAGGUUCCUCCCUAUUUUUAUUAUUAUUAUUAUUCUAAUUAUUAUUAUUUUUGGCUUGCCCCACCCCGCCCCCAGGGCUGUGAUAUCCCAGAGAAUUCCCAUUUUUUAUUCCCCCCCCCCCCCCCCAGCUCCGAAUUGAGGAUUUUUCCCGCUUUUUUUCCAGCUUUAGGGGUAGAUUUUUCCGCUUGUGAAAACGCUUCUUUUUGGUUUCUUUUGGUUUCGUUUUUUUGGGGGGGAGGGAGGGGGUUGGUUUUUUUAAUUUUGUUUCCUCCAAAGGCAAAUCCUGUCCUGGAUUCCCUCAGAAUUCCCAAAUUCCUGCCCACCCCCCCAAUCCCGUUUGCUUCCGCUCUCGCUGCCGAUAUAACCAGGACUCGUCCGUGUAUAUAUAAAAAAAAAAAAAGAAUGAGCUGUUUCCUGUUCAAAAGGCAAAAAAAAAAAAAAAGACAAAA